AUUUUAGAUUAUUAGCAGCCGACGAGGCUUUGAUAAUCUGCGCGGUGGGUUGUUUACGUCGGAUUUUGUAGGCGGUGCCCGGUUUGAAGGUGAUUGCUUUGUCGAUGUGAUAUGGCUACUUCAAAGAAAGCAGCUCGGCUUGAGAGUGAAAUUGAGAAGAGUAGAGCAGAAUGUAACUGGGAAAAGAUUUUAGAUAUAUCAAAGCAAGCAAAGACUAAAUCUCCUAAUUUAGAAGUGUUAUUGAAUGUUGCAUUGGGCGAAGCAGAGUUGGAAACCUUUGUCAUAAAAUAUCCUCCAAAGACACAGGAUCAUGUUGCCAAGGCUAAGAGGGAGCUUCGAUCUGCUAAGCAACACUUGCAAAAUGCACUUAAAGGAAACAACAAGCAUUAUUUGUACAAGGAGGCCCAAUUACUGAUGGCAAAAUACCACUUUGCAUGUGGAGAGUAUAAAGAGGCCCUGAACAUGUAUGACACAUUAGGCUUGGACACUUUAGACGUACAAGACACGUCCAAUAGGAUGCUUCGAAUGAUGGCAGAGGCCUUUGGUUUAAAGGGGAUCUGUUUGGAGAGAACAAUCAGUGAGAGGAAAGAUACAAGCAACACAGCAGAUGAAGAAGAUAUUAUAUACAAUUAUGAAAAAGGAGGAGAUCUGGCCUUACACUACUUACAGGAACUUGAAAAAGUUGGCUGUGUUGGCGGCAAUCUGACUGGUAUGGGGCCUGUCUUGGAAACAGUCGUGCAAAGAGCACCCAUACUACACCUUUCAAAAGGUGAUAAGAAUCGCGGAAUCAAUCGCUUCAGACAGAUCCUGAAAGCCGUUGAAGCGCGUAGUUCUCAGGACAUCCGUGUUACGUUGGCACGAGAACUAGUGGAGGUACUCUUACGUGGCAUCUGCAAUAGCACCUACACAGCGCCUGUGGUUGACAACGAGGGCGGCACAUUAAGUCGUUCCGUCGGUCUAACGGUUCAGCCUGGGAUGCGCCAUUCGUUGUCGAGACAAUCCCUAAAACCAAAAAUGUACAGCACUGACAGUCGGCCAAGUCAUUGCCCUAUGGAACUUAUAUUUGUUCCAAAAAACAGAAAUGAAGAAGUACUUCUCCUUUUGCUAAUAUGUGAACUUCAGGUAUCAAAGGAUGUGGUUUUGAAUCGUUCUCCUGAGUACGCCGGUGGAAGGAACGAGUCUGUGCUAAACAUUGAAGCCAUUUAUGAUCUCCUCUCCAUUUCACUGGUCAAAAUGUCUCAGUUUUCUCUUCUUUCUGAGACUUUUGACAGGAGUAUGAAGUUCUCAUCUGAAGAGUUCCAUUUGUGGUACCAGUUUGCACUGUCACUUACUUGUGCUGGCAAGUUUGCAAGAGCUCUCCUGGUUUUAGAAGAGUGCCAUCGACUGCAGCCGAAGAAUUCCAGUGUGUUGAUGAUGGCCGCAAAAAUAUGCUUCAAGCACUUAGCUCAGAUUGAUGAUGGUAUUGAAUUUUGCAAGAAAGUUAUCUCCUUGCAGAGCAAACAGCUGUUUACAGCUAGAGCAUAUAUGAUGCUCGGCAUAGGAGAAGCCAUGAAGGCUGGAGAAGCAACACUAAAUAAAGAAAGGCAGCAACAUCAGAUGCAAUCGCUGGAAGCUUUAAAGAAAGCAGAGCAUCUUGAUAAACAUGAUCACUUGAUAGCCUUCCAUUAUGCACUUCAAUUAGCAUAUUCAAGACAGAUUCCUGAAGCUCUUGAAAAGAUUCGCACAGCUUUGAAACUGUGCAGUGACCAUGCUGAGUCUCUGCACCUACUAGCCUUGCUGCUGUCAUCUCAGAAACUCUUCAAUGACGCAUUGAAGGUGAUCAAGGGAGCUAUUGAACAGUACCCAGACAACAUGAGUAUGUUAUUCACUAUGAUCAAACUCGUAGCAAUAGUGCGAGGACCAGAUGAAGCCCUUAUGACCUGCAAGUCCAUGCUAAGUAUGUGGAAGAAGACACAUGACAAAAUUAUGCACAGUGAUACAUUUCAAGGCAUGGUGUUAAUAGAAAAGGUUGGGAGUGACAAGAGAAGCAUGGCACACGUUCACAUAUCAGAGUUAAAGGACAGAGACUCAGGAUCCAUUCAUAAUUCAUUAGCAGCUUCCAGGGUUGAGCAAGCAUUAUCAGAGGUUGCCUCUUCAAUGGGCAGUUACAUACCAAAGCCAGGCUCACAGCAAGUGUGGUACACCCAGGCACAGAUAUGGCUCUCUACAGCUGAGAUUUACAUAGCUGUUGGUAAGCUGAAUGAGGCAAAAUCCUGUAUGCAGGAGGCAGCUAGUAUCUUCCCUCUGUCACACCAAAUAUUACACAUGUGGGGAUGUAUCCAUGACCAUAAGGGAGAAUUAACCGAUGCCAAGAAGUACUAUGAUAAUGCACUGGCCAUCAAUCCAUCAUACGUCAAAAGCCUUCAGAACCUUGGUAUGCUGUAUCUUGAGCAACAGAAUUACACAAUGGCAGAGAAACUGUUGAAGGAUGCAGUGAAUAUUGACCCAACCUCACAUGUUUCUUGGAACCAUCUUGGAAGAAUAUUAAUGUCGCAAGGUGAAUACGAAACAGCUAGUGAGUACUUGAUGACAUCGCUGGAGCUGGAGUCAACAGCACCUAUUGUUCCUUUUAUGGUUAUCUCAAGAAUACUUUAAAAAAUAUACAUUGUGAGCUGAAUACAAAACAUAUCAAGUAUUAUACAAAACCAGUUAGAUUCUUCUGAUUUUACUUAUAGGUCACAAGAAUAAAGUAAUGCUUCCAUUCAACAAAGUGUUGUAUAUUUAAUGCUUACAGUACCUCCUUAAUUAUGUACUAUAUAUAUGAUGAUGUCACAGUUGGAUAUGAAACAUAAAGUACUUUAACAUCAUUGGAGCUGGAAUCAACAGCACAUAUCAAAGAUACUAUAAUGAUGAAUUCACAGCUGGAUAUAUGGAACAUCAAGUAUUUGAUGACAUCAUUGGAGCUGGAGUCGGAAGCACAUUAUUAUGAUGAAUGAUACUAUAAUGAUUAUUAUAAGUCAAUCAUGAUGUCAUCACUGCAAUUCCCAAUGUUAUUUUCCUAUCCCCAACCAUGCACUAAUUUUUCAUUAGUGCAUGGUUUGUUGGGGGGUUUUUUUUUUGUUCCUUUAUUCUGUUAUACCUGGAUAUGAAACACCAAGUACUUGAUGACAUUACUGGAGGUGGAAUCAACAGCACAUUACCAUGAUGAUACUAAAAAGAUAAUGAAGUAACAGUUGGAUAUGAAACAUCAAGUACAGUACUUGAUACCAUCACUGGAGCUGGAGUCAGCAGCACAUUAUGAUUAUACUAAAAAGAUGAAGUCACAGCUGGAUAUGAAACAUCAAGUACUUGAUGACAUCACACUGGAGCUGUAGCUGUUACCAUAUGUGGCAAAGACAAGCCAAACCAGUCACUCGUCGCAAAUCGUGUUUCAGAGAAAAUGGCCAAAACAUGCUGGAAUGUCAAAUUUUAAAAAAAUCUAUUUUAUUGCAUUAAAC